UCCAAUGUUUAUGGUGCGCUCUUUUAAAUAUAGUUUAAGUCCCAAAGUUGGAACUGCUGGGAUUUGGAAAAUAACUGUCGUUUAAAUGGAGGAUCAGGGCGAAGUGAUGGACCAAGCCGCUGGUAAGCUUAAUAUUUCAAAAGCCCAGGGCCCCAGAAACCGAUGUGCUAACGAUGACCCCAUUAUGAGCAGCCAGCAGUUACAGUCCCGCCAGGAUUCGUCGAGCAAGCUGAACUUGAUGGAUGCCAGUUCGUUCAGCAUGCCGCCUCCUAAUCUUCACUCCUCGAAGGUGAUCAAUCCGAACAAGGCGAUAUUCACCAUAGACGCGAACACGGGACAGAUAUUCAUUGUGAACAACAAGGCCUGCCAACUACUGGGCUACACAUCCCAGGAGCUGAGGAACAAGGGAUUCUUCGAUCUGCUCAAUGGCAAGACGGAAAGUCACAUCUCAUCGCUGGCGGAGAUGCAGAUCGAGGGCGACGAGGGCAGAGUGGUCCUGCUGAGUGGCAAGGUCAUCGAAAUGAAGACCAAGACGAGCAACAAGAUCCUGGUCUCGCUCUGGAUCCGUCAGAUCAGCACUGAUGGCAGGCACAUAGCCGUUGCCGAGCCCGUGGAAAGACAUAUAUGCCACAUAAGCACCGAUCGAUUUGGGGUAAUAACAUCCGUCGACGCCACCACGGCUACCAUAUUCUUUUACGAAUCCACCGAAAGCGUUGUGGGCAUCAAUAUCGUCACGCUGAUCCCGUUUAUAAAGCUCCCCGAUCCGGAUUGCAGGGAGAUACCAAAGAGCCUGCGAAAACAGAGGGCCACAGGACGAACUACGGAUGAUGUCAAGUUCCCACUUUGUCUGCUCAUUGCCCUGGAUGAAAGCACAUCGACAGGAUAUGGCAUCAACAUCACCGUCUGGGUUUUCCAGAAUCUCAGUGGACUGAUUGUGGUGGACGACGUGGGCAACAUACUGAUGUGUAAUCAGCCCUUUUCGCUGCUGAUGUUCGGUUAUGGUCAGGACAAGAUUAUGAACAUGCAUAUAUCCUCCAUUUUACCUAACUUUGGCAAGGAUUCCCGGGAAGACAAAAGUCCCAAUGUCUCAAACACCUCAAUAACCAGCAAUGACUGGGAGCCGGAUACCGACCCAUUCGUCCUGGACAACGACUCCUCGCUGCAGUCCUGUAAAAAGAACUCCGCCAAUAAACCAGUGCCACUCCAAACUAACAACGAACCCUCAGUUAGCGAUGCCCACAUGAGCUGCAAUCUGGAGAACAGCGGUGGCCUGUUCUGCGAUCUUCGACAGCCAGACGAUUGUACAAUAGAUGAUAUUUUAACACCAGUGAAUGCCUCGAAUAGUUUUCCCGCCGAUGAGUUCGAGGGAGGAUCCCAUUCACACAUUAACGAGAUGUCCCUCGACAAGGCAAAGUCCGCGUCCACGGAGACUUGUGAUGCCUCUGGCAGUAAUCCCGCCACCAGGCUGCUCAGUUCCAUCAACGGAAGCUUCGUGGGAGAGGCCAUCCAUGCCGAUGGCACAGUAAUCGAGGUGGUCUACUCCGUGCUCCUGCAGAUCCUGCCAUGCUCCAAUCGGGUGUACUGCAUCUGGGUGUGUCGCAAUCCCAGCACUCGGCUGGAUGGAGAAAAGUACAACUACGCGAAUCUUACGUCCACAUUCAACAGCAUGGCCAGCACCAUUGAGCAGUCGCUGGGUCAGGUCAUAAAGACAACGGCUGCCCAGAACUCCAGCAGACCGAAUUCUCUAUCCCUGGUCUGCAAAUACGAAGAUGAGCUUUAUGUGGGGGACUACAGCAAGCACUAUACUUCGAUUCGGCAGAUUGGAAGGGGAGCUUACGGGUAUGUGAACAUGGCUUUCCGGAACACCGACCGCCUGCUCGUGAUCACCAAGUUCAUUCUCAAGGAGAAGCUCUGCUCGCAGUUUAUGGUCAAGAACCGCGAUUGCAAGGAAGUUCCUAUCGAGAUUCAUCUGCUACAGACGCUGAACCAUAAGAAUAUUGUCUCUGUGCUGGAUGUUUUCGAAAACGACCUGUUCUACCAGUUGGUGAUGGAGAAACACGGCUCUGGAAUGGAUCUGUGGACAUUCAUUGAGCGACGACCUCUGAUGGAUGAAAAACUGGGGAGCUAUAUUUUCAGGCAGGUCGCCGAUGCCGUCAACUAUUUGCACGAGCAGAAGAUCCUUCAUCGCGACAUUAAGGACGAGAAUAUAAUAAUUGAUCAUAAUUUUAACAUUAAGUUGAUAGAUUUUGGCUCUGCAACGUUCAUGGAGGAGGGCAAGUUCUUCUCAACAUUUUAUGGCACGACGGAGUACUGCAGUCCGGAAGUUCUGGCCGGGAAUAGAUACGUGGGUCCCGAGCUGGAAAUAUGGGCCUUGGGAGUUACUUUGUAUGUCUUGAUGUUUUUCGAAAACCCAUUCAUCGAUGUAGAGGAAACAUUGAAGGCCGAGAUCCAGAUACCUAAAGUGGUGUCCGAUCAACUGAGCCGUCUACUAAGUUCCAUGUUAAACAAGGACCCCAAAUACCGCUGCACCAUGCACCAGUUGAUAACCGAUCCCUGGCUCACCCAGGAGGUAAACCCAUCGGUGUUCAGUUUCUCGUGGAUAGUUCCCUGCAAGGCGCAUGAGGCGAAUCCAGAUAUAUAUUUCUCCGGCUACUUGUACUCCAGCACCUCGGUGUUGUCCACAAUUUCGCCACAGGAGAGCUUCUCCCACAUCGAAGAGUCCUCCAUUGGCGGAAGUGAUGACGCCAAAUUGGCAUCUCACAGGACGGGACUUAAGUUGUGUGUUAAUGAACCAAAACACAAUAAGAUGGACACGCUCUAUGCAAAGCAAUUCCAGUUGAACACUUCAGUUAGUAAUCACGAACUGAGGGCCUCGUUACCUGACUCCAGCCACACCGAAAUCGGGGGUUCUAUAUGCUCCUCGAAAUCCGAAAACGAUAUAUUUAAGAACAAACUCGAGCCCUGCGUCUCUGCUUAUAACGUAGUAAGCUUGCACGAUGUGAGCACGAAACCUAAAACCCUCGAUCUUAAGUAAAGUUCUAUAUCUGUUGUACAUGUGUAAAUCUAACCUAUACAUACUGUCAUAUGUAAAUAGUAGCAUCUGUGAAAGGACAAUUAAGGCUUG